UGCCUCAGCUGUUUCUCAGCGGGUCUCUGUCCUCAGAGCAGAUGCCCCCCCCUGGACUGAAGCUCCUCUCCGGCACCCAGAUGAAUCUGAAGGUUGUGAAGUUUAAUGCCAGAGGCAGGUUUCUCGGGUGGGAAGAUGUUCUGGGCGGAUCCUUGCAGCUUUGUCCAGACACCCAGCAAAGACUGGAUGCAGCAUAUGACUCUGGGACAACCUAUCAGCAGUCUUGUUCCAUUCCAGUUGCGGAGCUUCUCUCCAGGUAUCCUGAGCCGGUGUUCUACCAGCUCUUCCUGAAACACCAGGACGGAGAGGGAUUGGACAUGGUGUGGCCUAUCCCUGUCCAGCAUCUCAGUCAGGUGACCGGCCCAGACAGGUCCAUGGCUCUGCGGAGGUUCUUCCUGGUGGACGGUUUGACCGGGAGAGACAGCAGUAUGACUCAGCAGCCUCAAACUGUCCGCUAUCUCAGCCGCCUGUUGCUGCGUGUGAACAUCCCGACAAUGGGCCCGGGGGGCACGCCGCCCUUCCAGCUCCUGGUCGAAUACAACACCGUCACUGACCCGGCCAACGCGGUGGCCCAGGUGUCAUUCGGGGUGACUUACAGCCUGAGCGAAGAGGCUACGCAGAGAGACACUGCUAUCUCUCUGGGCGUGCUGGCGAUCCUCUCCCUGCUGUUCGCCAUGUUAGAAACCAGCAGCUGGAGUCGGAGAGCAGGACAGCAGUACAUCACUCUCACUACUAUUGUGAAGUUCCUCGCCUUUCUCAUUGGCAAUCUAGCCAACGCGUUCUUCCUCGUGUCCUUUGGGACAGGAGUAUACUGGCUGAUUGCGUUUAAGGGCCAGAGAUCGAGUGUUAACAUGGUGCUGCCCUCUGCUGGUGGGACUGUGGAAACGCAUUUCAUCGUCUUCCUGUCUUUGGCGUUUGCCUUCAAAGCCGUGCAGGUCAUGCACCUGCUCAUCACCCAGGUGUCCAUCUCCAUCUUCCUCAUCGACUGGGAGAAGCCGAGGAACGCAGCUGGUGCCUCAGGCUCUGGGGUGAGCGCCUGGAGGACCUUCUUUGUGGCCAACGAGUGGAACGAGAUCCAGACGGCAAGGAAACUUAACCCCCUGCUGCAACUGCUCACAGUGCUCUUAAUACUACAGGUGGUCGGAGUGGAGAACAUUGCAUCCAGGGACCUUAAGUUAGCGUCACAGCCAGAUGGUGCACGGUACAUCCCCCCCACCAGCCCCAUCCUGAGAUACGGCCUCACUGUGUCUGUGUGGCUGUCUGUGGGUCUAGUACAGGUCAUCUUUUACCUGGUCGUCUACGAGCGGCUCGUGGAGGACAAGUUCCGCCAGUUUGUGGACCUCUGCUCCAUGAGUAAUGUGUCGGUGUUCGUCCUGGCGCACCGUUGCUAUGGUUACUACAUCCACGGCCGCUCGGUGCACGGACACGCCGACGUCAGCAUGGAGGCCAUGAGAGCGAACCUGCGCAGGGAGGAGGCUAACCUCUGUGCCCUGCGGGGCCUGGAGCCCAGCGCGGACGUCCAGACCUUCGAGAUCGCCCUGACGGCUGGGGUGCGGCAGCAGCUAGACAGGGUCUCGCUGUCACUCGCAGAGGCUUCAGGGGCCAGGGGCCGGCACAGUGGGGCAGAUGGGCCCCAGGGGCCCCAGGAACAGACCUCUAAGGCCUACCACGCCAUGAACUACUUCCUGUCCUCUUUCUUGGAGCAUGCCCAUAAAGACAUGGAUUACUUUGUGAAGGACAAGCUGUUCUUGGAGAGGAUCACAAAGUAUGAGUUCCAGCAACCCGUAGAGAGGACCAUCUUCUACAGAGAUCCGGACGGCAUAUCCUUCACGAACGUGCUGUACUUCAGCAAUGAGCUGACGCUGCUGCUCUUUGACACCCUGCUGUUCUGCGUCAUCGAUCUGGGCUCUCAGGACCUGGUGCUGGCUGCCGUGCUCACCUACGCCGUUCAGCAGGUUCUGCACAGCCUGCGGUGUUCUCUCUCCAGGCGUAACGUGUCAGAGAAGACGCUGGUGGAUCGAUGUUUUCUCAUCUAGAGGUGACUCAGUGCGGCACAGGGAGCUGAUGGGUUUGGUCUGGGAACGUUGAAGUGGAAACAGGGCACCUCCCCUCUCCUGUGAGCGCUAAUGGAGGAGUCCUGUUCCUCAGCUGCACACUGAGGGCCUUUCAGUUCAGCAGUGCCUGGAGGCUCUCAUAUCCCAGAAAUCCCUGUCUCACCCUGUCAGCUCAAUGCCAUCAACUCUGGGGUUCAUUUCAGAAAACCUCUGACGUGGGUCCCUUGGGUUUUGCCCUUAAUGUGUCAAAUGUCAAAUGUAUUUUCUCUCUCUA